GGCAGAUAUGUAAAUAAUGUAAAUAACAAGGGCAUGGUAUUAGAGUCUGGCAUUCACAAGCAAACAAACACAAGCAAAGGGAUUAGUUGUGGACGAUACACGAUAGAGAAGAUAGAUUCGCUCGAGAGCUUCGCCUGAGACAUUUAUGGCGGCAGCUUCUUCCAGGGCUUUCUUGCUCUCUCGAUUCGCCGACAUCUCACUUUUUCACCACCAACCACCGCCCUACUCCCACCACCUCCUCAUCCGUCCCUUGCCGCCUUCCUUCUCCGCCAUCACCGCCUCCAAGAAACGUCCAGGUCCUGUUGCUAUCGUCAGCUGUCUUAUAUCCGGAGUAGAUGGCGGUGGCGUCUCCGAUGAGUUUGUGUCCACACGCAGGUCCGUCUCGUUCGAUCGUGAAUUCUCCGUCAUCGCCAACAUGUUGAAGAAGAUCGAGCCGUUGGAUACUUCCGUGAUCUCUAAAGGCGUUUCCGAUUCCGCUAAGGAUUCCAUGAAGCAGACCAUAUCUACGAUGCUAGGGUUGCUUCCAUCGGAUCAGUUCUCCGUUAUGGUUAGAGUUUCGAAACGUCCUCUUGAUCUCUUAUUAUCCUCUUCGUUAAUCACAGGGUAUACCUUGUGGAAUGCUGAAUACCGGAUUAUGCUGAUGAGAAACUUUGAAAUUUCUCCUUCUAAUGAUUCGAAAAAGCAAAAUUGUGGCGAGGAUAAUGAGGUUUCAGAUGAGAAAGUCGAUAAAAGUGAAUGUUUAUGUGAUAGUGUCGUGAUGGAAUGUUGCACUGAGGAAUCCGAGAGGUUAAAUCUACAAAGUUGUUUGGGUGAUUUGACUCCUGAAGCCAUGAAUUACAUCCAACAGUUGGAAUCAGAGCUAUCUACAGCCAAAAAGGAACUGCAUGGUAGGAAGCAGGAGAAUAUGCAAAUUGAAAACACAAGAGAAAGUGACAAUGAUCUAUUGAAGUACUUGCGAUCAUUGGAUCCUGACAUGGUGAAUGAACUAUCAAGACCAUCAUCUUCAGAGGUUGAAGAGGUUAUACAAGAACUUGUACAGUGUACAUCAAGAAACAAAGUUGCUUUUCUGGUGUAUGCUAAUGGGGCAUCAUUUGAGAGGGUUGGAGAACAGAUUACAUCUGAGUUGUGCAGUGGGGUUGUUGUGACUUGUGAUAAAGAUAAAACAAGGUAGCUCUUACCAGUACUUAUCAGUAUCAGGCAAAAAUUAGUUUUUCAGCUAGUCUGUCAAAUGCAUUGGACUGGGACUGAACAUGAUGUCAGUCAGGGGACAAAAAUUACAAAAUUUUAUCCAACCAAAAAAGGUGGGAUAGAGGUUUGUGUGUGUAAAUGAUGUAAAUGCCCUUCUUAUCAAUGGUCUUAAAAAGCUAGUCCGGUCACAAACUAGGGGCAUAUCUAGAAGGGUGGAUACAUGAACUUUUGCUUGUAGUAUAAAAAUAGAAAAUAUUUGUAAUGGUAAUACAUUUAUUAAACACUAUUUAAAAUAAUAAUAAUAAUAAUACAUAAUUAGUGGAGCUCUACGAAGAAAUUGGCAAUAGGUGAGAUUUUCAUUCAAUUUGAUCUUGGAGUGGUCAACUUUGACGAUUUUUAGGUUGACUUUUUAAACGGCACCAAGCCAACAAAUGUUGACCCACAACUAUUUGAAGUAGUCAUCAAAAAAUCAUGAUUCAUGAGUCAUUAUUAAAUUUCUCAAAAGAAAGUGUUUUACCAACUUUUUAGUAAAUUAGCUUUUGAAAACCC